AUGGUCAACUCUCUGCUGAACAUCAGAACAAUCUCUUAUGCUGGGUGUACUGCUCAAGUUUUUGUCUUUAUCUUCUUUGUGGGAGCAGAUUUUUCUCUUCUCACUGUCAUGGCGUAUGACCGCUACAUUGCCAUCUGUAAGCCAUUGCACUAUGAGUUGGUCAUGAACAGAAGAACAUGUGUCCAGAUGGCAUCCAGUGCCUGGGUAGCAGGGAUACUCAACUCUAUCAUGCACACUUGGAACAUGUUUGCAUUCACCUUCUGUGGGGGCAAUGUGGUGGACUUGUUCUUCUGUGAAAUCCCCCAACUCCUCAAGCUCUCCUGCAUGGACACAUUUUUUAGGGAAGUCUGCCUGAUACUAUUCGCUGUCUGCUUAUUGUUGUGCAGUUUUAUUUUCAUUGUUGUGUCCUACAUUAAGAUCUUCAGUGCAGUGCUGAGAAUCCCCUCAGAUCAGGGUCGCCAUAAAGCCUUCUCCACCUGCAUCCCUCAUCUCACUGUUGUCUCCUUGCUUGUCUUUUCUGUCACUUUUGCAUACUUCAAACCUACCUCCAACACCCCAUCAGGGCUGGAUCUCAUAGUGGCUGUCAUAUAUUCAGUAGUACCUCCCACAAUGAAUCCCAUCAUCUAUAGCAUGAGAAACAAAGAGAUUCUUGCUGCUCUGAGGAAACUGGCUCACUGUCUGUUCUUCACUGACUUCCAGGUGCCCAUCUUUCUCAAGUGA